AUGGGGGUUCGUUUCCUUAAGGCGAAUGGUGUUCUUGGUGUUCAAGAAUUUUUACAGUUGUUCCGUGUUCCUUCGUUUGACCACAAGAUUCCAGUGAGUGGAAUGGUGUUGAGCGAGUUUGAUGACAUUGUUAGUGUGUCCCAGUGUAGCAAAAGCUGCUUUAACCGACCAGGCUGUGUUUCCAUCUUCUUUAACAGUGCAACAAAACAAUGUAUAGCGGCUGGUGACGUUGCCGACCAUCACAUGGUGUCAGCACCAGGAUUUCAACAUUACACAACUCAAGGUCCAGAAGUCAAUAAAUGGCAGAAGUUUGGUCAAUCUCAUUACCUACUGAUAAAAGAAGGAGCAAACCUGUACCAAGCCCAGAAAAGAUGUAAAGAACUUGGAUCCAAACUUGUUGAGCUAGAGACUUUGGAGGAGAGCAGUUUUGUAACAGACAUCGCUAUCAGGGAAAACAUAGACAUAAUGAUUGGUGUGACAGAUGCAUUUCAAGAAAAUGAAUGGAUGUUCUUAUCUUCGCUUGAAGCCGUUCCUUUCACCCAAUUCAGCAGUGUAAAUCCUGACAAUUGGAAUAACCAAGAUUGUGUUUGUAUAUCAAGCUAUUUCAAUAAUCAGUGGGAUGACUUCGAUUGCUUGUAUGAAAUAUCACACGUUUGUGAAAGAUCCGUUGGGUGUUGA